AAUUACAUUGACAUGAAAUCACGGGACUCGAAGUAGAUAAGAGUAGACAAGAGAGUGAAGCAGCACCUUAAUCCAAGAAUUCGAAACAUGAAGGAGCUCACUCUACAACAAUUUCUCGCCCUUCCAACAACGGAACCCACAAGAUACCACACUCCAAAUCCUCUGAUACUCAACUCUUACUGCCAUUGCCCCACUCUUUUCAAACUACCAAGAACAACCCACCUCCAGCUUCGAGCCAAUUUGAAUAGAACUAGGACAAACGAGAAUUCAUCUGACCAUAGUAGUAAACGAGUAAAAAUUCGAAGUGAAGUUCAAAAUAUGCAAGAAUAUGAAGAAGGAACUAGAUUUAACAUGGGGUUAGAUGAGGAUUACGAGGAGGAAGAUGAUACAUCAUCAUCGUCAAUGCUGUCUCUGAGCGAUAAACCGGAGAGGAACAUGUUAUUGCUGGACGAUUAUGAGAUGGAGGAGCUUGAUUUCGUGCCAGUUGACCCGAAUCACCGCAGUGGAUAUGUGGCAGUGCUGGGCAAGCCAAAUGUUGGAAAAAGUACGCUUUCGAACCAAAUGAUAGGACAAAAGCUUUCUAUUGUUACGGAUAAGCCUCAAACCACUAGGCAUCGUAUUCUUGGUAUAUGCUCUGGCGCAGACUUUCAGAUGAUACUUUAUGAUACACCCGGUGUUAUUGAGAAGAAAAUGCACAAGUUAGACACCAUGAUGAUGAAGAAUGUCCGCAGUGCUUCCAUUAAUGCAGAUUGUGCACUCAUUGUUGUUGAUGCAUGUAAGCCACCUCAAAAGAUUGAUGAAGUGCUGGAAGAAGGUGUUGGAGACCUCAGAGAUAAGUUACCUACCUUGCUGGUUUUAAACAAGAAGGACCUGAUCAAACCUGGUGAAAUUGCAAAGAAACUUGAGUGGUAUGAGAAAUUUACUAAUGUUGAUGAGGUCAUACCUGUGAGUGCCAAGUAUGGUCAUGGUGUAGAUGAUGUCAAGGAGUGGAUUCUAUCAAAACUUCCAUGUGGACCAGCUUAUUAUUCUAAGGAUAUUACUAGUGAGCACCCUGAAAGAUUUUUUGUGGCUGAGAUUGUUAGAGAGAAGAUCUUUAUGCAGUACCGUGAUGAAGUCCCCUAUGCUUGUCAGGUUAAUGUAGUUAGCUAUAAAACUAGACCAAAUGCAAAAGAUUUCAUUCAAGUUGAGAUUGUUGUAGAGAAGAAUUCACAAAAGAUCAUACUCAUCGGAAAGGAAGGAAAAGCUUUGAAGCUACUUGCAACAGCUGCGAGGCUUGACAUAGAAGAUUUCUUGCAAAAGAAAGUUUUUCUUGAGGCUGAAGUGAAGGUAAAAGAGAACUGGAGGCAAAAUGAAGGGCUUUUGAAGCACUAUGGCUAUGGGGGCCAAAUUCAAGCUUUAUGAUGCAGAAUGCGAUGCAGUGAAGAAUUAUGAUUGACCAAUCACUAACGAGGGCAAUAGCCUCGAGUAAUUACAUGACGACAUUUCCGUAAGUGGUUGAUCUAGUUGAGAAACUGGAUUCUUGAACGAUAAGAUCCCACAACGUCCUCAAAGGAAUUGUGGUCAAUGCCUCAGUUUUCCAGCCUUCUGAUUUAAGCAAUUUCUUGAGAAAAUGGUCUCAAGUCGAGUACUUUUAGCUGUUAAUCUUGAUAUAUAUCCAAUUGAGUGAAUUGUAGAUUUCAACGAAGGUUGGUGGUAGGAGUUCAAGAACAUCUUAGGUCCCAGUGUCUGUAAAACUUGCUGAAUCCUAUAUUUUGUACAUUGGCAAAAUAUGGACAAUCUUACUAAUAUAUCAAAAGCUUUUAGAGUUGGUUCCA